AUGGCGACGCUCACCGAACGACCGCGUCCGGAUCCGUGUGCGCAAUCGCAGUACAGGCUCGAUUACGAUCUAUUCGCGCAGGUUUUUCCGCGCCUCUUGCCGUGGCAAGUUUCGGACAUUUUUGUGGUCCGCGUUUUUCGGCUUCUCGACAUAUUGGAUAGCGGUUUGUUGACGUUUCGCGAUCUUGCCGUCACUCUAUCGAUUCUGCUUCGCGGCGAGGCCACCGAGAAGUUGGCGUUGUUCUACAAGUGCCACUUGCCGCCGGCGUUCAAUUUUUCCGAUCUCGAUGAGCUCGACGCGUGUCGAUUGAAUAGCGAGACGAGAGACGACGAGACGGAAAUCGCCACCGAGGCGACGACGUUGCUGGAAUCGCCGAAACGAGCGCGAUCGCAAACGUCGGCGUCGAUCAAUAUUCCCCAUGGGCGGGUGUCGUCCGAUCCGGCGAUCGACGCCUCACUCCGAACACGUUGCAGCACGUCGAGCGCCGUAUUGGUAUCGUCGCCGUGUGAGGAUCGCACGUCGGAUGCCGAAUCGUUGAUCGAUAUGAUAACGGCGAAAUCGAUCAAAUCGAUUCAUUCGGAGAACGAGCAAGACCGCGUUCAUAUGGCUGAAGUCGCCAGCGAAGAUUCCUAUUCGGUUGUUGAUGAAUCAAUUGAGAAGCUGAAGCAGCUUCGAGCGAAAACGAUGUCUUCUGAGGCGUCUUCGACUCGACUAGAAUUGAAAAUAUUGCCCGAUAUGACACAAAUUCAAUUCAUUCAAUUGUGGAAAACGUUCUACGAUAUGCUGGGCGGCAACGAGACCGAUGAGUGUGUGUUCCAUUCGCUGGCUGUCACCGGCACAUUGCUUCUUCAACUCGGCGAGACGCAUCGCGAAUUGCAAUCGAAGAUGGAGGCGCAAAUUGCGGACGCUUUAAAAACAAUUGAUGAUGAUGAUGAUGAGGCGAAUGAGACGCUCAAAAUUGAUAUGGAAUUUGAGGAGGAUCGAAAAAUCGAUCCGAUCGAGGAGCAGCGAAAACGAAUUGGUGAUAUGAGAACGUGUAUUGCUGACGGCGAAUGGCGUGUGAACUUGGAGCAAAUUAUGGCUACCGUAAUCGCCGAGGGUCCGCUGUGCGAUUUUUUUGAGAAAAAAUACUCACUUGAAGCAUUAAUAGAGAGGUAUUGUCGAACGCGAUUUUCGAAAUGUUCAACAUAA